GCAACUGCAACUGCAACUGGAAUAUGUCCAAGGUGCAGCCCAUGGCGUCGACACGCUCACGUCCCCGCCCCCGGCAAGCAGGCAGCGAGAGAGGGCGAAGUGGACAUGCGGACGCCAUCAAUGGAGAUGUGAGCAGUGUCCUGGACUACACCAGCAGCAGUUCGAUUAUAGAGUUUCUGGCUAAGGAGCAGGACUGCAGUCUGGAGCCCGCCGAUCCGGAUGUCAUAUUCCAGGAGGUGAAUCGCCUCGCAGACAGUACAGAUAUGCGCUCCGUGGAUGAGCUGCUGCUGGAGGCGGAGCGUCUUAUACAGCAACAAUUGCGAUUAGGUGAUGGCGAUGGAGACGGUGACGGUGACGGCGACGAUGACAUCGAUGGUGAUGGCGAUGGCGAUGGCGAUGGCGAUGCCAGCUGUCCGUUGCAGACACCCUCGACCACGCCCUCGCCGCAAUCGCUGGCAUCGCCACAGAAUAGCAUCAAGCUAAACACACGCUACACUCGCUGCAUCAGCAGCAGCACCACCACCAUUAGCACCAUCAAAGCCAGCACCAUGUCUCCAUGUCAAGCCAAAGCCAAUGCGAAUAAAGUCAACGAGGUGUUGGGCAACUCCACAGCCUCCACGCCACUGACAGCAGAGCCGCAGACCAAUUUUGUGGCGUUCGUCGAGAAUCUGCCCUCAGAGUCGGUCAUCUCCGAAGAGUCCACGCCCAAGGAUCUCCACAAUCAUACGCACAAUGGUGGCGGUGGCAGCGGCAUCUUGGCUCAGCAGCUGCAGCAGGAGCAGGUCGAUAACACCGAUGACGAUGAGGACACGAUGGAGGAGCUAACCGAAGCGGAGGACUGUGCAGGAGUUGCCCUGCAUCGCAGCAGCAGCAGCAGCAGCCAGCUGCAGGCACAGCCAGUGGCCAGCUGCCAGCCCAUAGCGCCAAUGGCCAGCUACUCGGAGAAGGCAGUGGGUAGCUCGCCGAAGCAUUUGGUGCACACGCUGACCUCGCCCAUCGAACAGAUCGUUGCGUGCAGCGUGUCGCGGGAGCAUGUGCUCAAGCAGGAGAUCGAGAAGCUGCAGGAGCAGCUCAAGGACACCGAGGAGCGUCUGGCGUCGGUGCGGCUGCAGAGCGAGUCGCUGUCGCAGACGCAGCGCGCUCUGCGGGAUCACAACGGGCGGCUGCAGGAGGAGUCCGAGAUGCUGAAGCUGGAUGUGCAGCAUCUGCAUGAAUGCGCCGGCGUCUUGCGCAGCGAACUGCAGUCGGCACGCCGGGAUCGGGAUGAGGCGGUGCAGCUGGAGCGUUCGUUGCGCAGCGAGCUGAAGGAUGUGCAGCAGGAGCGCCGCCAGGCGGCCGAUAGCAAAGAGAAGGACGCCAGGAUCAUACAGGACUUGCAGCGCCAGUGCCGCGAAAUGGAACGCAUUCUCAUGCGCAAGCAUCCCGAUUCCGUGUCGGCUCUAAUAGUUGCCUCGAAGAGCUCCAGCAUCUGCUCGCUGAACGACCAGGAGAACCUGAACAGCCGCAAGCUGCUGGAGCAGCGCAUCGCACAGCUCGAAUCGGAUGCCAAGGAGCAGGAUCGCAAGGCUCAACAGAUUUUGGCCAACGUGCAGGCGCGCUUCAACUCCGUGCAGGCCAAGUACGAGACGCACAUUGCCGACCUGGAGACGCAGGUGCUCAACCUGCAGGAGAUCAACACGAAGCUGAACGAGCAAAUCGAAUCGCAGGUGCGCACCUUGGAUCGCUUCAUGCAGAAGCGCGCCGACAGAUACUACAACAACUGCACCCAAACGGAGCCACAGCUGGAGCAAGUGCAGCAGGUGGAUCAGAGCAAGGCCAUCAGCAGCAGCGGCAGCAGCAGCAGCAGCACGAGCACCCAGACGCAGGCGGGUGGCUCCAUGCGGGAUCACAGCACAAAUACCAUUGGCUGUCCCUCGCCCAGCAUCAGCUGUCAGCAGCAUCUUCUCCAUCAUCAGCAGCAGCAGCAGCAGCAGCUGCACUCGGCUGGCAGCAGCAGCACGAGCAGCACAGCCAACUCGACGCCCAACACCUCGCGACCCAAUUCGAAGCAAAGCGGCGCACAGCGACGCAAUCCCUCGGCUGUCCUGGGCGUCUCCAAGUUGCCCAUCUCCCAAUCGGACUCCACCCUGUCACUGCUCAGCCACGGCCAUGGUCCAUCGGGUGCCGGCCAGCUGCAGGACUCGCAGCUGCUUAGCUCGCUGCGCAGCAUGCGCAUCGAUUUGGCACUGAAGAACAAGGCCAUGCAGCGGCUCACCCAUGAGCUGGACGAUUGCAAGAAGACCAUACGGAAGCUGCAGCGCGAGCGCGAAAGGGAAAGGGAUCGUGAGCGGGAGCCGUCAGCAGCCGGAGUGGGAGCAGCUGCUGUUACUCCAGGCUCGCGUUUGGAGAGCAAGUUGCAAGGCGUUGGCAUGUUGCCUGGUGGUGGCGCCGCCGCUCAGCGACGUGGACACGACCAUCAUCAUUAUCAUCAGCACUAUCCGGAUCACGUGCCGGCGACCACAGAGAAUCAGGCUCUGAAGGAGGCGCAAAACAAAUUCCAUCUGCUCGAGGCAGACUACAAGACGUUGCAUGACAAGCGGCUGCAUGAUCUAAAGACGCUGCAGAGCGCCCACGAGCGGGAGCUGGCCUCGUGCAAUGAAACGGUGCGCAUUCUGCAGCAGCGCUUGAAUGAGCGCGAGGAAGCGUUUGCCACGCAGAAGCGGCGCAAGGUGCCCGUCGAUUACUAUGCGCUAAAGGCAAAGGUCUCGCUGCUGGAGCGUCGGCACUCGGAGCGUGAGGAGCGGCUGCACAUGCUCGUCGAGGCGCUCAGCAAGGGACGACUGAAUGGGGCACUCGAGGAUCUGCUGCAGGAGAAUAACAAUAAGUAGCUGAGCAUAGUUUAAGAAGCAGAAGCAGAUCAGAACAGAGCUGAUCAGAACACACAAUUAACAGUUAUCGAUCAUGUUAUCGUUAUCGCCAUCGCCGACGCCGCCGCCGCCGCGGACGCUGUCGUGCAAUUGAAAAUUAAACAAAUCGAAAUUUGUUUAAACAAAUUACAUUUGUGUUAAAUGUGUUAAUGGAACAAUUUUUUUUAUAAAAAGUAUUAUGUAUUACAAUUGAUCGAUAGAUCGAUAACAGUUGCAGCCAAAUUGAAUUUACUAUUUUUU